CACACACACACACACAUCCACGUACGUACAGACACACACACGCACACACACACCACAGGGUUAGUCAUGUCGAGGUUAUCUUAACCCCCUUGUCAGACAGCAACUAGGGCCCGACAGUCACACACCACAGGGCAGAUAGGGCCUGAAAACCACACACCUGGAAGGUACGCAUUAGAAGCAUGGAUUUAAAAAGCCUUUUUGUGGUAGCCCAGUUUAUAAAGACAAGAUGUGCCCAUGGUAUGACGGCAGGAAAGGCCAAAAAGGAUAAGAAUUAUAUUUUCUAUGAGGUGGAGAUUCAGGAUUCCAAGAAGUUGAAGCUUUGCUACUUGGACAAGGUGGAACCUAAUGCCACUAUUGGAGAGAUCAAGUGUCUAUUAUAUAAGAUCUAUCCCAAAUGGUACCCAGCCAGACAGGCUUUGUCACUUCACCCAGAUGGGGAGUCCCUGAAGGAUGAUGAGGUAUUGGAGAAUCUACCGGUGGGAACCACGGUAACAAUGUUCUUCCACGACCUGGGACCGCAGCUGGGGUGGACCAUGGUGUUUCUGACGGAGUGCAUCGGACCUCUCUUCAUCUACCUUUUCUUCUUCCUCCAUCUCCUCAACAUCUACGAGCAGAAAGAUGACUAUACCUCGAAUCCCUGCUCAGUGGUCACGCUGGCGUGUGUGUGUCACUGUUUCCACUACUUCAGAAGGCUGUUGGAAACCGUCUUCAUUCAUCGCUUCUCAGACGGCACCUUGCCACUGCAAACCAUCAUGAGGAACUGCCUGUACUACUGGGGAUUUUCUGCUUGGUUAGCCUACUACAUCAAUCACCCCCUCUACACUCCACCAUCGUAUGGGAAUCUCCAAAUCUACUCUGCGUUGGUGGUGUUUAUGCUCUGUGAAGCUGGAAACUUCUCAAUUAAUUUGGCUCUCAAUAACUUGGGCUGUAAUGGUCUGAGGCCCAAGCGGAUCCCUUACCCCACCAGGAACCCCUUCACAUGGCUCUUCUUCUUCGUGUCAUGUCCCAACUACACCUAUGAGGUGGGGACGUGGUUGAGUUUCUCCAUCAUGACACAGUGUGUUCCAGUGGCCCUGUUCACGUUGCUGGGCUUCAUCCAGAUGACGAUCUGGGCACGGGGAAAACAUAAGAUGUACAUCAGAGAGUUCACAGAGUACCCUGAACUAAGAUCAGCUAUCAUCCCUUUGUUCCUUUGAGCCAGCCAGGGUUAACAACAGGAGCCUUGAUUAUACCCCUGUUCCUUAAUUAUACCCCUGUUCCUUAAUUAUACCCCUGUUCCUUAAUUAUACCCCUGUUCCCUAAUAAUACCCCUGUUCCUUAAUAAUACCCCUGUUCCUUAAUUAUACCCCUGUUCCUUAAUUAUACCCCUGUUCCUUAAUUAUACCCCUGUUCCUUAAUAAUACCCCUGUUCCUUAAUUAUACCCCUGUUCCUUAAUUAUACCCCUGUUCCUUAAUUAUACCCCUGUUCCUUAAUAAUACCCCUGUUCCUUAAGUAUACCCCUGUUCCUUAAUAAUACCCCUGUUCCUUAAUAAUUCCCCUGUUCCUUAAUAAUACCCCUGUUCCUUAAUAAUUCCCCUGUUCCUUAAUUAUACCCCUGUUCCUUAAUUAUACCCCUGGUCCUUAAUUAUACCCCUGUUCCUUAAUUAUACCCCUGUCCCUUAAUUAUACCCCUGUUCCUUGAUUAUACCCCUGUUCCUUAAUUAUACCCCUGUCCCUUAAUUAUACCCCUGUCCCUUAAUUAUACCCCUGUUCCUUAAUUAUACCCCUGUUCCCUAAUAAUACCCCUGUCCCUUAAUUAUACCCCUGUCCCUUAGUUAUACCCCUGUUCCUUAAUAAUACCCCUGUUCCUUAAUUAUACCCCUGUUCCCUAAUAAUACCCCUGUUCCUUAAUUAUACCCCUGUUCCUUAAUUAUACCCCUGUCCCUUAAUUAUACCCCUGUUCCUUAAUUAUACCCCUGUUCCUUAAUUAUACCCCUGUUCCUUAAUUAUACCCCUGUUCCUUAAUUAUACCCCUGUUCCUUAGUUAUACCCCUGUUCCUUAAUUAUACCCCUGUUCCUUAAUUAUACCCCUGUUCCUUAAUUAUACCCCUGUUCCUUAAUUAUACCCCUGUUCCUUAAUUAUACCCCUGUUCCUUAAUUAUACCCCUGUCCCUUAAUUAUACCCCUGUUCCUUAAUUAUACCCCUGUUCCUUAAUUAUACCCCUGUCCCUUAAUAAUACCCCUGUUCCUUAAUUAUACCCCUGUUCCUUAAUUAUACCCCUGUUCCUUAAUUAUACCCCUGUUCCUUAAUUAUACCCCUGUUCCCUAAUAAUACCCCUGUUCCUUAAUUAUACCCCUGUUCCUUAAUUAUACCCCUGUUCCUUAAUUAUACCCCUGUUCCUUAAUAAUACCCCUGUUCCUUAAUUAUACCCCUGUUCCUUAAUUAUACCCCUGUUCCCUAAUAAUACCCCUGUUCCUUAAUUAUACCCCUGUUCCUUAAUUAUACCCCUGUUCCUUAGUUAUACCCCUGUUCCUUAAUUAUACCCCUGUUCCUUAAUUAUACCCCUGUUCCUUAAUUAUACCCCUGUUCCUUAAUAAUACCCCUGUUCCUUAAUUAUACCCCUGUUCCUUAAUUAUACCCCUGUUCCUUAGUUAUACCCCUGUCCCUUAAUUAUACCCCUGUCCCUUAAUAAUACCCCUGUUCCUUAAUUAUACCCCUGUUCCCUAAUAAUACCCCUGUUCCUUAAUAAUACCCCUGUUCCUUAAUUAUACCCCUGUUCCUUAAUUAUACCCCUGUUCCUUAAUAAUACCCCUGUUCCUUAAUAAUACCCCUGUUCCUUAAUAAUACCCCUGUUCCUUAAUUAUACCCCUGUUCCCUAAUAAUACCCCUGUUCCUUAAUAAUACCCCUGUUCCUUAAUUAUACCCCUGUUCCUUAAUUAUACCCCUGUUCCUUAAUUAUACCCCUGUUCCUUAAUUAUACCCCUGUUCCUUAAUUAUACCCCUGUUCCUUAAUUAUACCCCUGUUCCUUAAUUAUACCCCUGUUCCUUAAUUAUACCCCUGUUCCUUAAUUAUACCCCUGUUCCUUAAUUAUACCCCUGUCCCUUAAUUAUACCCCUGUCCCUUAAUAAUACCCCUGUUCCUUAAUUAUAC